CAGUUCAGUUCACUUUAACCCUCAAACCAGUUGUUCGGAACCAGUGUGAGGAAAAACGCAUUGUCUCCAUUGUGCUCAAACAAACCACGCGAGGAGAAAAACCGAAAAAGCAUAAAAGAUCAAAACACGCGGAAAGUUACGAACUUACAGUUUCUCAUUGUGAAGAUCAGAGGAUACAGUAGCGCGUCUCUGCUCGUGCACCGACAUUUGUUACUGGAGGUCUGGUUACAACACACAGAACUGAGAUAUCCAUCAUGGAACCUUCAAGGUCAGAAACGAACAUACUUCCCAAUGGAAUAGAUCAUGAACUGGGAGACGAAAUGUAUGUGCCGAUGAAGACUAUGAUGGAGGACGACCAAAAUGAUACUCAAAACAGCAGAUUCGAUGAUCCUGAUGGUCUGCUUGCUGAGAACGUCGAGUUUCUUCCCAGCAGUGCAAGCAAGAAGCCACGCUUCACAGACUUUGAAGGGAAGACCUCCUUUGGCAUGUCAGUCUUCAAUUUGGGAAAUGCCAUUAUGGGCAGUGGGAUUUUGGGAUUGGCGUACGCCAUGGCCAAUACUGGCAUUCUGCUCUUCUUGUUUCUCCUCACAGCUGUCGCUGGUCUCUCCUGUUACUCCAUUCAUCUUCUGCUGAAGUGCUCCGGUAUUGUGGGUAUCCGCUCAUAUGAACAGUUGGGAUUCAGGGCCUUUGGAAUCACAGGGAAGAUGGCGGCUGGAAUCGCGAUUACACUUCAAAACAUCGGAGCCAUGUCCAGUUACUGUUACAUUGUCAAGUCCGAAUUCCCGCUGGUCCUGCAGGCGUUUCUGAGAGCAGAUCCCAACUCGGGUGAAUGGUAUCUUAAUGGCAACUACCUGGUGGUACUUGUGACUAUGGGUAUUAUUCUGCCAUUGGCUCUAAUGAAACAGCUGGGUUACCUUGGUUAUACCAGCGGCUUCUCCCUCAGCUGUAUGGUUUUCUUUCUCUCUGCUGUAAUCUAUAAGAAGUUUCAGAUUCUGUGCCCUUUUGAAGAGUUCUCCCCCAAUGGCACGCUAGCACACGCGCAUUCAAACGUAUCUGUCAGCCAAGCCCAUAGCUACCACAAUGGACAUGAAGUGGACUCUCACUGUAGCCCACAGAUGUUCACUGUAAACUCACAGACUGCAUAUACCAUCCCUAUACUGGCAUUCGCUUUUGUGUGCCACCCUGAGGUCCUGCCCAUCUACACUGAGCUUCGCAACCCGACUCAGAGGAAAAUGCAGCACGUUUCCAACCUUUCCAUUUUGAUCAUGUACGUCAUGUACUUCCUUGCUGCUCUCUUUGGCUACCUAACAUUUUACACUAAUGUUGAACCCGAACUUCUGCACACCUACAGCAGGAUCGACCCCUACGAUACUCUCAUCCUCUGCGUGCGAUUGGCUGUGCUCACUGCCGUGACCCUGACCGUGCCCAUCGUUCUGUUUCCGGUUCGAAGAGCCAUCCAGGAGAUGCUGUUUGCUAACAAAGCCUUCAACUGGAUCCGACACGUGGCAAUCGCGGUCAUCAUUCUGACUUUUAUUAACAUACUGGUUAUCUUCGCUCCCAACAUCCUGGGCAUCUUUGGGGUCAUCGGUGCAACAUCUGCUCCGUGCCUCAUCUUCAUCUUCCCCGCUGUCUUCUACAUCCGUAUCGUUCCCAAGGAUAAAGAGCCGAUGCGUUCAACCCCUAAAAUCUUUGCCGCCUGUUUCGCUGGACUGGGCGUGUUGUUUAUGAUAAUGAGUUGGAGCUUCAUCAUCAUUGAUUGGACAACAGGAAGCGGCAGUUCUCUGGGUGGCCACUAGGGGACAAAAUCGGUCGAAUGUGUGUUUGUGCCUUUGUACGAGAGUUAGUGCUGUUUUAUACUAGAUGAUGGUUAUUUUUUUAUCCUUAUUUUUCUUUUACGUCUUUUAUGACAAAGAAGGUGCUUUAUACCAACAUAACAAUAUCCAGUUUUACA